CCCCUUUCUCUCUUAUCCUGGGUGAAUGGUGCUCAGCUAAAGGGACUGCCCCACAGGCUCUGUCUCUUUCCUCCCACCCUUCGAGCUCUCUUUGGAAAAAUUCCCUCCAAAAGCUGAACCCAAAGCUCAUUUACUUUGUAGGAAGCAUCAGAAAGGCAACAUGUCCGCAGAAACGCCAAUAACCAUGAAUAUGGACACUCAGGAUCUGCAGAUCCAAACGUUCACUGUGGAGAAACUGCUGGAGCCUCUGAUAAUCCAGGUUACUACCCUGGUGAAUUGUCCGCAGAAUCCUUCCAACAGGAAGAAAGGACGUUCAAAGAGAGCCAGAGUUCUUCUAGCUUCUGUGGAGGAAGCAACUUGGAAUUUGUUAGACAAGGGGGAGAUGAUUGCUAAGGAAGCCACGGUUUUAAAGGAAGAGCUGGCAGCUGCACUCCAGGAAGUUCGGAAAGAGAGCAAAGCUCUGAAGGUAUCAGCUGAGAGAUUUACAGACGACCCCUGUUACCUCCCGAAAAGGGAGGCCGUGGUUCAAGCCGCCCGCGCCCUGUUGGCAGCAGUUACAAAACUCCUUGUUCUUGCCGACAUGAUUGAUGUCAUGUGCNUCUUGCAGCAUGUGUCAUCUUUCCAAAGAACAUUCGAGUCUCUCAAAAAUGUUUCCAACAAGUCCGACCUCCAGAGAACCUACCAGAAGCUCGGGAAGGAGCUGGAAAGCCUGGAUUAUUUGGCCUUCAAACGCCAGCAGGACUUAAAAUCUCCAAGCCAGAGGGAUGAAAUUGCAGGGGCCCGGGCCACCUUGAAGGAGAACUCCCCACUCCUGCAUUCAAUUUGUUCAGCAUGCUUGGAACAUUCCGAUGUUGCUUCGCUCAAAGCCAGUAAGGACACCGUCUGUGAAGAGAUCCAGAACGCUCUUGAUGUCAUUUCAAAUGCUUCCCAAGGCAUCCAGAAUGUGCCAGCGCCCCCUGAACCUCAGGCAGCAACACUGGGAAGUGCUCUUGAUGAGUUGGAGAGCUUAAUUGUCCUGAACCCACUCACAGUGACAGAGGAAGACGUAAGACCAUCACUAGAGAAACGCCUAGAAGCCAUCAUCAGUGGGGCCGCACUGUUGGCCGACUCGUCCUGCACCAGGGACCUCCACCGGGAGCGGAUCAUCGCCGAGUGCAAUGCCAUCCGCCAGGCGCUCCAGGACCUGCUGUCGGAGUACAUGAGUAACACUGGAAAAACAGAAAGGAGUAAUACCCUGAAUACUGCCAUUGUCAACAUGAGCAAGAAGACAAGAGACCUCCGCCGACAGCUCCGCAAAGCUAUCAUAGAUCACAUAUCAGAUUCUUUCUUGGAUACAACAGUUCCACUCCUGGUCCUCAUUGAAGCUGCGAAGAAUGGCCGAGUCAAGGAAAUCAAAGACUAUGCUGCCAUAUUUCAUGAGCACACUGGCAGGCUUGUGGAGGUGGCAAAUCUGGCUUGUUCCAUGUCAACGAAUGAAGAUGGGAUUAAAAUCGUCAGAAUUGCAGCCAAUCACCUGGAGACCCUGUGUCCACAGAUCAUAAAUGCUGCACUUGCUUUGGCAUCAAGACCCAAGAGUCAAGUGGUCAAAAACACCAUGGAAAUGUACAAGCGCACAUGGGAACACUACAUCCACGUCCUCACUGAAGCUGUGGAUGACAUCACCAGCAUUGACGACUUUCUGGCUGUAUCUGAAAGCCACAUCCUGGAAGAUGUCAACAAAUGCAUUAUAGCCUUGAGAGAUCAGGAUGCUGAUAAUUUAGACCGAGCUGCUGGUGCCAUCAGAGGACGGGCCGCAAGAGUAGCUCACAUCGUUGCGGGUGAAAUGGAUAGUUAUGAACCUGGCGCUUACACUGAAGGUGUGAUGAGAAAUGUCAACUUCCUUACAAGCACUGUGAUCCCAGAGUUCGUGACACAAGUGAAUGUGGCCCUAGAUGCUUUAAGCAAGAACUCUCUGACUGCUCUUGAUGAUAAUCAGUUUGUGGACAUCUCCAAGAAGAUCUAUGACACAAUCCAUGAUAUCAGGUGUUCGGUCAUGAUGAUUCGGACACCAGAGGAACUAGAGGAUGUUUCUGACCUUGAAGAUGACCAUGAGGUCCGUAGCCACACCAGCAUUCAGACAGAAGGGAAAACUGAUCGGGCCAAGAUGACUCAACUGCCUGAGGCAGAAAAGGAAAAGAUUGCUGAGCAAGUCGCCGACUUCAAGAAGGUGAAGAGCAAGCUGGACGCAGAGAUUGAGAUAUGGGAUGACACAAGCAAUGACAUCAUUGUUCUUGCCAAGAAGAUGUGCAUGAUCAUGAUGGAGAUGACCGACUUCACGAGGGGGAAAGGACCACUAAAGCAUACCACUGAUGUAAUCUAUGCAGCUAAAAUGAUAUCAGAGUCAGGAUCAAGGAUGGAUGUUCUUGCUCGGCAGAUUGCUAACCAGUGUCCAGAUCCACCUUGCAAACAGGACUUGCUGGCUUACCUGGAACAGAUUAAAUUCUACUCCCACCAGCUGAAAAUCUGCAGUCAAGUUAAAGCAGAGAUCCAAAACCUGGGGGGAGAACUCAUUGUAUCAGCUUUGGACAGUGUCACCUCCCUGAUCCAGGCAGCCAAGAAUUUAAUGAAUGCUGUAGUGCAAACAGUGAAAAUGUCAUACAUUGCCUCCACCAAGAUCAUCCGCAUCCAGAGUUCUGCAGGACCCCGGCACCCAGUUGUCAUGUGGAGGAUGAAGGCUCCGGCUAAGAAGCCCUUGAUUAAAAGAGAGAAGCCAGAAGAAACAUGGGCAGCUGUCAGAAGAGGCUCUGCCAAGAAAAAGAUCCACCCAGUUCAAGUCAUGAGUGAAUUCAGAGGGAGACAAGUCUACUGAAUACCCUCAUCCACUCUAGUGCCCAUUUCUACACCCCAGGCUAACCACACUGCUUUAUUUCAUGGUUCAUUGGUUCUUUAAUUUCACCAAGUUUCAGAGUUAAGCUCACAAAUAACAUAAAACAUUGGGGUUAAAUGAGUGUGUAAGAUGUGUGUUUGGGAUCUUGUCAUUGUCGACUCUAUACGGCCAGCACAACCUAGUUAACUGGUUGGUAGAACCUAAGGAAUAAAACUCACGGGCAUGGCUUACCAUUACCCUUCAGAGGGGAGAGCUUAUGUUCAUUACAAAAUGAGCGUAAGUGAUAAUGUGAGUUCCUAUUACCCAGAAAUGUCUGCACCCAUGCAUUCUAUAUCCCUGGGAAGGAAAACCCUGACAUAUGCUUUCCACUUGCAUUUUGCUAGACAUAAAAGAGUUUAUCAACUAUUUUCCCAAUUAGCGUCCAUACUUUCUUUAACACACCUAACCUUGUAUCUAACCUGCCAAAAAUGUGUCACCCUUGCCCUGGGAAAUUUUAAUCACUGUUCAUCAUGAAUAGUUUAGAUACCUGUAACCGAGUGGGUGUGGCCAAGCUUCUUCCUAGAAUUUAAAAGUCAGAUAUGUUAUUCAAGAAGUGCUUUGAUGACCCUCUGUAGGCUGCCAUCUUGGAAUAUGAUGCUUGAACCUUGUAUUUCUAUAGUGAUCAGAAGUUCUGGACUCUUAGUAUUGGGCUUAUCAGAGCAUACCUGUAGAGUCAUCACCCACUGGAAAAAUGAAUUUUUGUUUGUUGUUGGUUUGGGUUUUUUUGUUUGUUUGGUUUUGGUAUUGGAAAUAAAACAUUUCAUAUUCUAGGCAAGCACAUUCUAAUCCUGAGCUACACACUUGGCCCUUCUGUUAGAGAAAUGAGACCCUGAGUUACAGCAAAGAGUUAAGUCUACAAUCAUGGACAGAUGAGGAAUGCUUCAUGAUUCUAAAGAUCUCUUUGUAUCUGCUGGAAACUGUAAUUAAAAUGAGAGACCAGUGUGCAAAGUAUUUUGACAGUGAGUAAAAUCUACCACCCAACAACUCAAACUGAGUUUUAUGUCAGUGAGUUUGGCAUCUUAAUAACCACAUUUAAAUGAAUGACAUUGGGUUAUUUUAUAUGACUAUGAGAUUAUGAAGGAAUCUUUAAUAGUUUAACAGAGUAGUGCAUAAUGGCUAUAACCACUUUCUGUCCCAUACUUCCUCUUUUUCCCCAUCCCUUUCUUCACAGGAUACUGAGUAUAAGUUGUAUUGAAAGACAAAGGGGGCUGGUGAGAUGGCUCAGCAGGUAAGAGCACCCGAUUGCUCUUCCAAAGGUCCUUAG